AUGAUGAAAGGUUUCAAGCAAAGGCUUUCACGGAAAGGUUCAUUAUCAUCUAAAAAGAAAGAUAAAAAUGAUGAAAAAGAUUCUUCUUCUUCAUCGUCACAAAAAGAUGGUAAAAAAUCUUCAAUUUCAAAUUUAAAAAUUUCUUCAAAUAAUUCUUCAAAUUCUUCUUUAUCAAGUUCUGGUACUGGUCAAGCAAGUCCUUCACCAAAAGAUUCUUCAAUUUCAAAUUUAUCAACUUCUCCAAAUAAAAAAUCAAAUUCUCCAUUUUCUUCUUCAUCAUCAUCAGCUCCAAAAAAGGAUAAAAAGGAUAAAUCAAGUUCCAAAAAUUCAAAUUCAAAUUCAAAUUCAAAUUCAAAUCCUUCUACACCAACUCAACAAGAAUUCCCAAAACAAUUUCCAUCAUCAUCAUCUCCAAAUCAAUCAAAUAUCCAAAAUCAAUCUUUAAAUUUACCAAAUAUAAACGUUACACCUCCACAAUCUCAACAUCCACAUUUUGAUCAUGCUUCAAUUCAAUCACAACAACAACAAUUCCAACAACAACAUCAAGUUCAGCAACAACAAGCCCAGGCCCAAGCUCAAGCUCAACAACAACAACAACAAGCACAACAGGAACAACAACAACAAGGUCAACACUCUCCACAAGGUGUUCCUGGUGGUUCAGAAACUAUAAUACCAAGAUCUUCACAUUCUUUUGAAAGAUUACCAACUCCAACAAAAAUUGAACCUGAUUUAGAUGGAUUAAUUAAAACUCCUCAACGUCAUCAUAGUUCAAGAUUUGAACCAAGUUCAUAUUCUGAAUUAACAAAAUUACCAAAUUUUGAUGAAAUCCCACCAGAAAAAAGAUUAGAUUUAUUUUUAAUGAAAGUUGAUCAAUGUAAUGUAUUAUUUGAUUUUAAUGAUCCAAGUUUUGAUAUUAGAGGUAAAGAAAUUAAAAGAAUUACAUUACAAGAAUUAAUUGAAUUCAUUUCAACAAAUCGUUUCACUUAUACUGAUGAAAUGUAUCAACAUGUUGUGGAAAUGUUUAAAAAAAAUUUAUUUAGACCAAUUCCUCCACCGGUUAAUCCAAUUGGUGAUAUUUAUGAUCCUGAUGAAGAUGAACCUAUAAAUGAAAUUGCUUGGCCUCAUAUGCAAGUUGUUUAUGAAUUUUUCCUUAGAUUUGUGGAAUCUCCUGAUUUUAAUCAUACUUUAGCUAAACAAUAUAUUGAUCAUGAAUUUGUUUUAAAAUUAUUAGAAUUAUUUGAUUCUGAGGAUCCAAGAGAACGUGAUUGUUUAAAAACUACAUUACAUCGAAUUUAUGGGAAAUUUUUAAGUUUAAGAUCUUUUAUUAGAAGAUCUAUAAAUAAUGUUUUUUUAACUUUUGUUUAUGAAACUGAAAGAUUUAAUGGUAUUGCUGAAUUAUUAGAAAUCUUGGGUUCAAUUAUUAAUGGAUUUGCAUUACCUUUAAAAGAGGAACAUAAAGUGUUUUUAGUUAAAGUUUUAUUACCUUUACAUAAAGUUAAAUCAUUAUCUUUAUAUCAUCCACAAUUAGCUUAUUGUGUUGUUCAAUUUUUAGAAAAAGAUCCAUUAUUAACCGAGGAAGUUAUAAUGAAAUUAUUAAGAUUUUGGCCAAAAAUUAAUUCAACAAAGGAAAUUAUGUUUUUAAAUGAAAUUGAAGAUAUUUUUGAAGUUAUUGAACCUUUAGAAUUUAUUAAAAUUGAAGUUCCAUUAUUUGUUCAAUUAUCAAAAUGUAUUUCAUCACCACAUUUUCAAGUUUCUGAAAAAAUUUUAUGUUAUUUUAAUAAUGAAUAUUUUUUAAAUUUAGUUACAGAAAAUGCUGAAGUUAUAUUACCAAUAAUUUUUUCAUCAUUAUAUGAAAUUAGUGCACAACAAGUUCCAGAAGAUGAUGAAAUUUUAUCUUCAGGUUCAUGGAAUAGAACUAUUCAUUCUUUAGCUUAUUCUGCUUUGAAAAUUUUUAUGGAAUCAAAUCCAAUCCUGUAUGAUCAUUGUACAGUUUUAUAUAGACAAAGUUUACAAGAUUCUCAAAAAAGAGAAGAAGAAAGAAGAAAAGGUUGGGAAACUUUACAAAAAUUAGUUCAAAAUCAAAAUCAAUUAAGUACUUGA